UUUGUAAAAACAGCCAAAUAUCCUUAUGGGAAAUAGAAGUCUACUUCAAUUGGCUGACAGAGUUUCACACCAAGAAGACAGACAAUUAUAAAAGUUCCUGUUCAUUUCAGCAGUUGUUGGUGGAGUCACCAUGGGUUUGAUUGCUAUUUUGUUCUUUACACUGAUACUGAGGGUAAAUUCAAACAACCAUACAUGUAGAAUGAUUGGCCAAUCAGGAUUCAUGGAAUUUUCUAAAGAAGGUGAUUUAAUUUUAGCUGGAAUUUUCUCUAUUAGUAGUACUCGCAAAUUGAAGGACAAUGGCUACCAAGCAUUGCCAGAUACAUACUGCACCAGGAUGAAUGAUAGGGAACUGAAGUUUGCCAGGAUUGUCAUGUUUGCUGUGGAGGAGAUCAACAGAGACCCUCAGAUCCUCCCUGGUGUCACUCUGGGCUACAGGCUCUACAACGGCUGUGGCAGUGAAAACCUGAUUCGAGCUGCAGUUGAAGCGGUGAAUAGUGAUGAAUUUAAGGACUGCACGGGUCAGAUCCAGGCUCUUCUGGGCCACUCAUCAUCCGGAGUGUCCAAGGACAUAAACCUCAUACUGAGCUCACUGUCCAUCCCACAGGUCAGACAGCAGCAUUCAACCUCAGUGUGUCGUGUUGUGAUUGUCCUGUUUAACAUGCAGUUACUGCAGACAGAAAAGUUGGUCUUAAAAAAUAUAAAGAUUGACCUGAGGUACACAGUUAUUUGUCUCUCACCUCAGAGACAGGACUCCUCUCUAAAGAGCAAUCCCACCCCCACCCCACCCACAGCUCAACAUGUGAGCUACUUAUCCACCUGUGCUUGUCUGAGCAACAAAAAGCUGUUCCCCACAUUCUUCAGGACUGUUCCAAGCGACAGCUUUCAGAUCAAGGCCUUAGUCCAGCUCAUGAAACACUUUGAUUGGCGCUGGGUUGGGAUUAUUUAUACAGUUGGCAGCUACUCAGAAGAAGGUACAGCGCAAUUUGUCCAGGCGGCAAAGAAAGAGGGGAUCUGUGUCGAAUACCAUCUGCCGUAUUCUAAAACGUCCAGAGUAAAACUGAGGAGAGUUGUAAAGAUGCUGAGAGUGUCCACGUCUAAGGUGGUACUUCUCUUUGUGUCCCUGUCUUACACCAAAUCAUUCCUCUCUGAUGUAAAGAAGUACAAUAUCACUGGGAAACAAUGGAUUGGCAGUGAGUCUUGGAUUACUCAACCAGACCUGGCUUCAGAAACAACGAAACAUAUUUUACAAGGGGCAAUAGGUUUUGCCCUCCCUCGGGCACCGAUACCGGGUCUGGCUGAGUUCUUAUUCAGUCUCAAACCAUUGGAUUUUCCAGACAGUACUAUUCUGAAAAAAAUUUGGGAGAGAUUCUUUGACUGCAGCUUUACUCCAUCCAACGUCACCACCAUGUGCACCGGGAGAGAGGACCUGCACACCGUCUCCAGUGACUACACAGAUGUGAUGUAUUUCAGGCCAGAAAACAAUGUUUAUAUGGCUGUGUACGUGGCGGCCCACGCUCUCCACUCCGUGCUGCAGUGUAACAACAGUUCCAAUCCCACUACAGGAAAACCCUGUGUAACCAAGACCCAGGUCCAGCCAAAAAUGGUGUUAGAACACUUCAAAUAUGUCAACUUCACAACACCGAAUGGAAUCAAAGUGUUCUUUGAUGAAAGCGGUGACUCGGCCACUCGCUACGACAUGGUCAACUGGCAAAUUCAAGAGGAUGGCUCAGUGGAAAUUGUCACUAUUGGGCAAUACGACAACUUAUUCCCAGAUGGUGAAAAAUUUAAACUGAAGGAUGAUGUCAAAUUUGUUUGGGGAGGAAACAGUCCUGAGGUACCAAGGUCUCUUUGUAAAGAACCGUGUCCUCCAGGAACUCGAAAGGCCAUAAACAAGAGAAAACCACUGUGCUGUUUCGAUUGCUUUGAGUGUCCAGAAGGUACAAUAAGCAAUCAGUCAGAUUCUCUCGAGUGUUUGAUCUGUCCACCGGAAUUUUGGCCAAGUAAAAAAAAAGACAAGUGCCUACCAAAACCAACUGAAUAUCUUUCCUACAAAGACAUUAUGGGAGCUCUUCUAACAGCAUUUGGUUGUGUUGGUAUAUUUUUGUCUCUUCUGGUGUCAAUCAUUUUUCUCACUCAUAAGGAGACUCCUAUUGUUAAAGCCAACAACUCCGAAUUGAGCUUCCUAUUACUCUUCUCGCUAAAGCUGUGCUUCCUGUGCUCUCUGACCUUCAUCGGUCGACCCUCGGACUGGUCAUGUAUGCUGAGGCACACCGCUUUUGGCAUCACAUUCGUACUCUGCAUCUCCUGUGUUCUUGGCAAAACCAUUGUGGUCUUGAUGGCGUUUCGUGCAACCCUCCCAGGCAGUAAUGUCAUGAAAUGGUUUGGUCCAGUGCAGCAGAAACUUAGCGUUCUAUCUUUUACUUUGGUUCAAGUUCUAAUUUGUAUUCUGUGGCUGACCACCAACCCACCUUUUCCAAAGAUGAACAUAAUGUACUACAAAGACAGGAUCAUCCUGGAAUGUGCCCUCGGUUCGGCUGCUGGAUUCUGGGCUGUGUUGGGUUACGUUGGAGUUCUGGCACUCUUGUGUUUCAUACUGGCCUUUCUGGCCAGGAAUUUGCCAGACACUUUCAAUGAAGCCAAGCUCAUCACCUUCAGUAUGCUGAUUUUCUGUUCAGUUUGGAUUGCAUUCAUUCCGGCAUAUGUUAGCUCACCAGGAAAGUUCACAGUAGCUGUAGAGAUAUUUGCUAUUUUGGCCUCUAGUUUUGGUAUGCUGACAUGUAUCUUUGCUCCAAAAUGUUACAUCAUAAUCUUCAGGCCAGAACAAAACACUAAAAAAAUGUUACUGGGAAAAAUACCAACAAGAACCCUCUGA